AUGAGUAAAGAAUGUUCAGUAUUAUUUCAUGUGACAGUAAGAACAUCUCUUUCUUAAGUUGUUGGAGUAAUUGGUAAUUAACUUGAAUUGGGGAGUUGGAAUGAGAAAAACUUGAGUAUUUUAAAAACAGAUCCCUCAAUAUUUCCAAAAUGGGUGGCUGAGAAACCAAUUAUAUUUAAACAGGGUAACUUGUAAUGAUUGAUUUAGGAACUAAGUUGGAAUUUAAAUUUGUAAUUUUAGAUAAUGGAAAAGCAAUUUGGGAAGAAUUACCUUAAAAUCGAAAGUAUAGAUGUAGAUAUUGGAAAGUAAUAUUAACUGCUGAAUGGAAUAAUUAUGAAGGAAAAGAAUAUGUUGAAAAGAGAUUUAAAUCAAGUGUGUGUUUGAAUCAAGAGAUAUUAAGUUAAUAUACUAAACCAAGAUUAAAUGAUCAAUUUGAUCCAUUUGAUUAGGCUAAUGAUGAUUCAGAGGAUUCUGUAGAUGGAUUUGAUAGUUUUUCUAAGGAAAUAGCAAAUAGAAAGAAUUCUGAAUCAUCAGAAUCAGAAGAUGAUAAAAAGAAACCAGCUUUAGAGAUAAAUAAAGAUAGUGAAUUUUCAUCACUUUAUUAGUUAUAUACAGAGAAUCCUAAAUUCAGACAAUUAAAGAAUUUUAGUUAAAAUGAUAUUUUAUAUGAAAUAAAUGAGGAUCCUUUGAUUGGAAUUAGUGAUGAAGAUUCAUUAUUAAUAUCUACAUAUUAUCUUCCUAUUGUUGUAAUUAAGUAAAUUGAUGGAUCUUAUUAAAAACAUAAUUUUUAGCAUUCAUUUAGUUUGCAUUUAUUAUUUGGUGUUCAAUAAUUUAAAAGAAUUUGGUUUGGAUUACCUAUAGUAUUGAAUGAAAUAGGAGAGAAAAUUAAUGAUUAAAGUGAAGACUUAAAACAUUUUUUAAAACAAUUUGGAUUUGUUCCUGUAUUUGUCAAUUAAGAAUGUUUGGAUUAUUUCAAUAAAGAAUUUUGUACUAAAUUAUAUUAACCUAUUAUGAAUAAUGAUGUCAGUAUUACAAAACUUUCUGCACUUGAAUAUUCAGAUCAUAUGUAAGAAUGUUUUAAAAAACUUAAUGAUGAAUUUUUUUAAGAAAUUAAACCAUAUAUUAAUUAAAAUUCAAUUGCAUUAAUAGCUGAUUACAGAUUAUUAUAUUUGAGUCAAAUUUUUGUAAAUCACAAAUUUACUAGAUUACCUUUAGUGAUAUUUUAUAAUAGAUUAUUCCCUCAUUAUGAUAAUUUGAAGUUGAUUCCUUUUUUUAAUGAAAUAAUUAAUUCAUUUUUACAUGCUAAUGUUAUUUGUUUUAGUAAUUAUAAAACUGCCAAUGAAUUCUUAACAGUUAUGAAAGAUAUAUAUUAAGUUGAAUAUCAUUCAUUUAAAGGUAAUUUGGCAUUCCAUUAUUAUGGAAGAGAAAUCUAUGUCAAAUUACAAAAUCCAGGUAUAGAAAUAUCAGCUUGUGGUGAAUAAUAAUAUGAAAUUAUUGAACCUCAUUAUAAUUAAGAAGAUAAUAAAAAAUAAUUAAGAAUAGUAGGAGUUGAUACAUAUGGACAUUAAUCAGGAGUUGAAUUGAAAUUUAGACAUCUAUUCAAAUUCAUUAAAGAAACUAAUAUUAUUUAAGAGAAUCCUAAUAUUAAAUAUAUACAAAUAUUAUUGAAAGCUUUUGAAGAUCAUGAUAUUAAUGAGUAAAGAAUCUCAUUAUUAAAUCAAAUUGAACAAAUCAAUUCAUUUCUAUAUCCAAAAAAAGAUAAUUAUUUUGUCAAAUUGAUUGAAGAAGAAAUAGAUUCUAAACAUAGAUUUAAGGAAUUUGAAAAAGCUAAUAUAUAUCUAUAAUGUAAAUAUAGUGGUAGACACGAUUUCUAUUUAUCAGAGUAUAUUCAUAUAAAUAAUAUGCCAAUUGCUUUGAUUAGUGAUUCAAGUUGUUAUCAUAGAGGAUUUCAAUCAAUAAUAACUUUUAAUGUAUUUUCGCAUCUUGAUUUUAAAGAAAAGUUUUCAGAUUUAUUAUUAAAAGUACUACAAAAUUAAUAUUAAUUUACUUAAUUACAAAAACUUAAAGUACAAAAAGAUUAAUAGAUAAUUAGACAAAAUUAAACAUCUUAAUGGAUAGAGAACAUUUUUAUUGAUGCUAAAAAGGCUGUUUCAAUGCUCAAAUUUGCUUAAAUUAGUUUACGUAUUUAAGAUAAAUUGAUGAUUAAAGUAGCACAUAAUUUAAAAUUUCAGCAUUUGGAUAUUUAGUCUGUUGCAAAAGCAUAUUAGUAAUCUACUAAGCCAAUUAUUAUUAUAGAGUUUGAAACCAUUGUUACUGAUUAAUAUUUUAUAGAUUACAAGCCAAAGCAUUUUCUUUAACAGAGUCCUCAUUUGAAAGGUAAUGACGAAGCAAUAAUAAUUAGAUAAGUUGAAAAGGAAUUACUAGAUAGAAUUAAGGAAUUGUCAAAAAUGAAUAAAGUAUAUAUUGUUUCAGGUGGAUUAUUUAAUGAAUUAUCUUCUAUAUUUAGUGGUUACAAUUUAAGUUUAUUUGCAGAAAAUGGAUUUUUAUAUAAAUCAGAUUAAUUGUAAUGGAAUGCUCUAUUCAAUUUAGAUUAUUAAUGUCUGAUUCAGGUGAGAAAGAUAUUUAAUUAAUAUGCCAUUAAAACAGAGGGAGUUGAGAUAGAAUCAAAAGAAAGUUCAAUAAGUUUGAAACUUAAGAAUUCAGAUGAAUAUGUUCAGUAACUUAUAUAAGAUCUAGUUGAAAAUGUUUAAAUCAUUGUUGAUAGAUACCCAACAUUUUAAUUAAUUGUUGGAUCUAAUUCAGUAGAAGUUAGUCCUAAAAAUCUAAAUAAAGGAAUGAUUUUAGAAAUCAUUAUGUAGAAGGAGAAUUUAUCAAGGGGCAAAUUAGAUUUUGCUUUAAUUAUAGCAAGAGGAAUACAAAAUGAAGAUAUCUUCUCUCACUUUAAGGUUAUUACUUAAAGUAGAAAGUAUUUUAGUGAAGUACAUUUAUUAUUUUAACUAAUAGAAUGCUAGUCUAUAUUCAGUAUCUUAAGGACUAGUACCAUCAUAUGCAAAUUAUUAUCUUAAUAAUCAAUAAGAACUAAUUUAAUUAUUUAAGACUAUUUGA